AAAACAACACCCAUAAAACCCAAACCUUACCAAUUUCCUUUUCCUCUGUUCACACUCUGUUUUUUUAAUCAUCAAAAAUUACAAAUUUACAAUUACUAGAAAUAACCCACAAUUUUUCUCAAUCAAUUGAAAUUACCCACAAAAAAAUUCAAUUAUUUUUAAUAACUCAAAAGAAUUGUCCUUUUUUCAUUUGGGUGGAACCCAGAAAACUAAAACUUGGGAAAGUUUGGUACCAUAAUUUGCUUUUGGUCUUCUAUUCUGUUGAUAACUGAAAGAUUUUUACUAAUUAAAGUAUUAAUCUUUUGGGUUUUAGUUUACCUAAUUAUUUGGGUUGCUUGCUAACUAUAUCCCCUGUUUCAAGAAGAAAUUCUUACACAAGUUGAUUGCUUUUUGAAAUGCAGACUCUGAUUUUCUCUGAAAGUUUAGAACAGUGAAAUGACCGAACUUAAAAGGAGUGUUCAGCCAAUCGACCCGAAUAGUUUCACGUCAGUUGAAUCCAAGCGGCAGAAGGUUGAUAUGUCGAUGUCUAGCAAGGAAAGAAAAGAAAAACUCGGUGAGAAGAUUACCACACUACAGCAACUUGUUUCUCCAUACGGCAAGACUGAUACAGCCUCUGUCCUGUUAGAGGCGAUGGAAUAUAUCCGAUUUUUACAUGAGCAAGUAAAGGUUUUGAGUGCUCCUUACCUCCAGAACACACCGGCUACAAAUAUGGAGGAGCUCGUACACUAUAGCUUAAGAAGCAAAGGGCUGUGUCUCGUACCAAUCGAGUGUACAGCUGGAUUACCUGGAAGCAACGGUGCAGAUAUUUGGGCGCCGAUCAAAACCGGUUCCCCAAGGUUCUAAUGCUCGGUUUUGCUUAUACGCGCUGGUUACUUACAACUACCACACUUACAUUGCAUUGUAAUGCAGCUAGUUACUUCUGCGAUUCAUAUACCGUAGGGCGUAGUGGCAGCUCGUUUCUCUCAAGGAAACUUUGUUGCCGCUUUAGAUUGCUUGUCCAUGGUCUCGUGCCAUUCUGUAAAACAGUAAUGGACGACAGAGAUGAAACAUGAAAUUGACAAACUUGCGUAUAAGUAAUUUUUGAUGUAAUGGAAAAUCGGCAAAAAUAUGCUGUUAGGAGUUUAUAUUGAAAUUCUCGGUGCAGAUCUCGAUAUCUAUAAUAAAAUUGCAAGUAUAUUGUUAUUGAUA